UCAAAAAAUCACGUUGAACGGAGUUUUCGGAGCUUCUUUGUUUGUAGGCUCGUAUCGGUUUUGCUUUCUAGACAGGAAGGCGCUAUGAAGUUCCUGGGUCUUACAGCGAUAAUGCUGACGGGCUUGGCGACCUCUCCUGUGCAAGCUUUUGUUCCUCGUAUGGCAUCCUUUGGUCGACUCCAAACGACCGCUUCCAUGUCCUCCACGAAAGAACCCUUGACGGUGCAAGAUGUUCUUUGGACUCCCGCUAUCAAGUCCGGCAAACGGGACGAGAUUUACGGUCCCAUCCAAAAGUACUGCGAGGACUUGUACGAGGUGACCCGCCGCAAGACUCGUACCGUAAACUGUGGCCCGAUCAAAUUUGGUUCGGACCAUCCAAUUGUCCGCCAAACCAUGGCGACGACCAAUACUGCUGAUGUUGAAGCGACCAUGGACCAAGUCAUGCGGUGUGCGGAUAAAGGCUUUGAUCUGGUACGCGUUACGGUGCAGGGAAAACGGGAAGCCAACGCGUGUGCCAAGAUUCGCGAAGGAUUGUUCAAAAAAGGAUACGACAUCCCGCUCUGCGCCGAUAUGCACUUUCAACCCGUCGUCGCCUUGCUAGUAGCGGAUGCGGUGGAAAAAAUUCGGAUUAAUCCGGGAAACUUUGCGGACGGGCGGAAGGAUUUCAACGAAAAGGUCUACGAAACAGAAGAAGACUAUUACGCGGAACGUGGCUACUUGGUCGAAGCCUUACAGCCUUUGGUAGAAAAGUGCAAAGAUUUGGAUCGCUGUAUGCGUAUUGGUACUAAUCAUGGAUCUUUGUCAUCCCGCGUUCUUUCCUUUUACGGUGAUACGCCCCGUGGUAUGGUGGAAUCAGCCAUCGAAUUUGCCGACAUUUGCCGCAGCUUGGAUUACCACAACUUUGUGUUCUCCAUGAAGGCUAGCAACCCACUCGUCAUGGUACAGAGUUACCGUUUGCUAGCGGCCGAGCAGUACCGCCUGGACUGGGACUACCCCCUACAUUUGGGUGUGACCGAAGCCGGUGAGGGUGAAGACGGCCGCAUGAAAUCGGCGAUUGGUAUCGGAACUUUGCUCGCGGACGGCCUCGGUGACACGGUUCGCGUAUCUCUGACGGAAGAUCCCGAAUUUGAAUACGACCCUUGCAAUCGAUUGGCGGAGAUAGCCGAAGGUCGGUUGGCCGCGAACAACGCCGAAGCCAAGGCCCGACAGGCGGCCGUCCAGACUUACAAGGAUACUCGUGAUAUCACCACGUUUGCCCGGCGACAGGGUGCCUUGCCAGCGAAAGACGAGGGCGACGCCGUUGAUUGCAGCGGAUUUCUUAAUACGGCCGGUUCGGUUAUUUCUCCGGUGACGCCAGAAAUGCUCAAAGGAAGCAGCGCGCAGUAUUUGUACCAAGACCUGGGAUGCAAGACGGCCGUCGGUAUGCCCUUCAAGGAUGUGGCAACGACAGAUUCGAUCUUUAUGCGUACUGUCCCCCCGAGUUCGGAUACGGAGUCCCGAACGGCUUUGCGUCGCUUGAUAGAGGUGAACAUGGGUGUGGUUGUUCCGGCGGAAGUGCUCGAAAAGGACCCUUUGCCCAACGCGGUGGCCUUGAUGGACCUGACGGACGCGAUUGCCAAGGGUGGAAAGCUCCCGGAAGGUGCUAUUCGAUUGGCUGUCACCAUUGACGGAUCAGAAGACGACGAGACAAUCGCCAAGGUCAAAGACUUGCAGCCGGCGUUUGCAUUCCUCAAGCCGAAAUCGGAAUUGUCCCAUCUACACUCGGCUCGCCGUGUGUUUGAACUUUUCAAAAGCAAUGAUAUCGAAACAGCGGUUAUACACCAUUUCGAAUCCAACACGAAUGACGCCAACGAACUCGCCCUGCAGGUCGGAACUAAAAUUGGUUCGCUCUUGACGGACGGCAACGGUGACGGUAUCAUGAUUGAACAGGUUGGGGAGGAGAAGCCGUUUUCGGUAGAUUUUUUGCGACGAACGUCAUUCAGUUUGCUACAGGGAAGUCGCAUGCGCAACACGAAGACAGAAUUUGUUUCUUGUCCGUCCUGCGGCCGAACGUUGUUCGACUUACAAGAAACGACGGCUGGUAUCCAAGAGGCAACGGGACACUUGCCUGGUGUGACGGUGGCCGUCAUGGGAUGCAUCGUGAACGGACCUGGCGAAAUGGCGGAUGCUGACUUUGGAUACGUGGGCACGCUCCCCGGCAAAGUGGACUUGUACUACGGUAAGGAAGUGGUUCGCAAAAGCGUUCCCAACGCCGAAGCCGUGGAUGCCUUGAUUGACCUUAUCAAGGAAUACGGCAUGUGGAAGGAUAAGGAAGAAGCAGAAGAGGAUACGGAAGAAGUCGCCGUCGCCGUUGCGUAA